CGGGACACGACAGUUCCGGAGACGGAAUCUUAUAUGUUGGCUUAGUGUGAUGUUAUAUGCACGUAUGGCAUCGAUGCAUUGAGCUCACUCGUAAGACAGACCAGGGGGUACUGCUCAUCUCGAGCUCCCUUUCCUUGAUUGCUUACCUCAGACACUCCUUGGCAUCGCUAAGAAAUGAAGCUUUUGCGGCUAGCGUUGGUUUGAUUGCAUUAUAAGAUAACACGGCAAGGGAACUGAGUGCAAAAGAUUGCUUCGUCUUCAAUUGCUUGAUCGCUGGAUACCAUGGGGAAUCUGCUGUCAAAACCUAAGCCUCAGGCACCGCCUGCGGUGGCUACGGACACAAUCGUUCCCAUGCAUCACAUGGACGACAACAAUAUAAAUCGGUCCAUGGUCGUCAUGUUCAUGAUGCGGUUUGACGAUGUAUUGGACCCCGAAAAGUUGAAGGGUUCUCUGGAAAAACUGCUCAGCCGCGACGAUUGGCGCAAGCUCGGCACCAGAAUAAGGCUCAACGAAAAAGGUAAAUUGGAUUGUCACAUCCCGGAGAAGUUCGACGAGAAGCGCCCGGCGGUCGGCUUCUCUCAGGUUAAAUACGACGUGGAGAUCGGGAAACACCCAUUGGCAUCCCGCUUACCAAGGGCGUCGUCGAGGCCGGCAGUCGUGGGUGACCCUGAAGAAUUCAGAUCACUGAUGCGCAGGGAGGACGGCCCGAAAUGCCUUAACGACUACAUCUAUCGUGAUGAGCCUCAGCUGAGCAUGCACAUCGUGUCCUUCGAAGACGCUACGCUCGUCACUCUCAGUUGGCUGCAUACUUUCCUCGACGCCAUGGGUAGACGCGAGCUGAUGCAGGCCUGGAUCGCUGUCCUCGAAGGCCGGGACAGCGACGUUAAGCCGUUACUUGGCGUGUAUGACGACCCGCUCAAGGACUUCGGUCUCAAGCCCCAGCAGCCGUUCAUGUACGCCCACCAGAGGGUGACGGGGUGGAAAAAGGCCAUCUUCGUCAUGCGCUAUAUCUUUGAGUUGGUAUGGUACCCGAAAGAAGAGUCGCGCAUCGUGUGCCUACCCGCGGCGCACAUGCAGAAGAUCCGUGCCGACGCUAUGGCGGACCUAGAAUUGCAGGACAAGGGUGAUGGCAAGAAGCCCUUCGUCAGCGACGGUGACCUAGUAUCGGGUUGGAUCACUCGUUUGUUCAUCCAACAGUUGGAGCGGCCGAGCUCGACGCGGAAGAUCCAGAUCAUGAACGCCUUCGGACUGCGGGCGACACUUGCCAACGAUCUGCUGCCCAGCAAUUCGGCGUACGUCGCAAAUGCCGUUACCGGCGUCUAUGCGCUGGUGAGCGCCAAGGAUCUCCUCACCAAGCCGCUUAGCUUCGUAGCCUCGGAGAUUCGGCGCUCAAUUGCAGAGCAGGGCGAGCGUAGCCAGCUGGAAGCGAGACGGGCGAUUGACAGGGUUUCGAUUGAGAAGACGGGGCAAGCGAGCCUCUUCGGAGAUGCGUGGAUGAGGAUGAUUAUCAUCUCUAACUGGACUAAGGGCCGAUUCUUCGAAAACGACUUCUCAGCCGCUGUGGUGAAGCCGGGCAUCCCGGAGAACUCCCCGGAACGCUCCUCACAAGUCGGGCGUCCAUCAUACAUUCAGACUGGCGGAUACUCUGACAACACCUUCUCUUUGCGAAAUGCAUUCCCUAUAAUUGGAAAGGAUCACGCUGGAAACUACUGGCUAAUGGGUUCCCUGAGAAAGGGAAUAUGGCCCAAGAUUGAAGAGGUGCUGAAUCGAUCUGGGUGAACGCUCCUGGUCGUUGAUGCGGCAGUUGGAUAGCUUCUCUGUGCUAGGCGAAACGCCCAAACCUUAGGACCUACCUAUGCAUCGAAGGACUCUAAUGCGGUAGUGGCUAUUGACUCCGCCUCAGAUUUUGAAAUACCAUACCUUCUUGAGCGUUCGUUGUCACCGGCAGUAAAUAGUUUUGUAAUAUCAUAGCCUUAGCAUAUUUAUACAUAAAGUAAACCUUAAGAGGUGUUCAUCCUAUACUCUUCAAGGGCCAUCGUUGGCUCCCAGCGCACUGCUCUACCUACUAAAUCUUUGGCAUCAUUGUAUACGGUGGUGUUAAUAGCUACAGCGAAAAUGAUAUAAUGAGGUCUCCUUUCCCA